AUGACAUUUGACGACAAUGGGCGACCAGAGUUUCCCGAAACCACCCCGGAAAACUGUCACCGAUUCCAGGAUGACAUUCGAAUUGUAACGCUAGACAAGCAACGGUCAGAGGUUCACGUUAUAACCACAGCCAGCACAAACAGUGCUACUACACAGGAGUUCGAUGCACAACACUUCCAAGAGCUCAACCUUGAACUGUUCAAACAGAUGACAGCUCAAGAACAAAGCAAGGAGCUCCAAGGGAAGAAGGAACUCCAGACCGACGGAUGGAUCGCCAUCCCGGGACAAAGGAUGGAAGAAGAGGAAGAAGCAAUCGACUUCAUCCAAACCCACAUGAACAAACCACCAAAGGUUGACACACGAGAGGAAGACACCUGCCUAAUUCCAGAGGGACUAGGACACGAAGAGUUGUCCUGGGUCUCCUGCAUCUUCCACGACUGUGGAUUACACCUAGGGGAGAAACUACACCACCAGUGGUUUCCUAUGAGGAAUGGACAACACUCUAUCACCAGACUAUACCUGGAGCAUGAGACUCAAAGAGUCGUUACCACGCCUAGGGAAACCUACGCUAUCUUACGACCCGACCUGGCAUACCCCAGGGAAUGUCUGCAAGACCAAGAGUGGAGCCAAUGCCUGAAAGACGAAUGUCUCGUCCAUGCCACAAGGAAAGCCAAGGCAUGGAGGGAAAUCAAGCAAGCCUACCAAGGGAAGCAAACCAGAUUCCUACUCCCCAGCGGAGGAAACGACCAGGCAAACAAGAAGGCCAGGCGAGCAAUACCAGCGCCUAGAGGAUGA